GCAGGAAAAGCCCACAGGCUGAGCACGGAGGAGAGGGAGCAGCUGCUGCCAAACCUGAGAGCCGUGGGGUGGAACGAGGUGGAAGGCAGAGACGCCAUCUUCAAAGAGUUCCACUUCAAGGACUUCAACCGGGCCUUUGGCUUCAUGACCAGAGUGGCUCUACAGGCAGAAAAACUGGAUCACCACCCUGAAUGGUUCAAUGUGUACAAUAAGGUUCACAUCACUUUGAGCACCCACGAGUGCGGAGGCUUAUCAGAGCGAGACAUCAACUUGGCCAGCUUCAUUGAGCAGGUUGCAGCUUCUCUCUCCUGA